AUGAACGGUCAAUUGGAACAAGAAGAAGAUCAGAAUUUAGAGGAGUAUAAAGCCUUAACUUCAACGUUACUGAGUUUUUAUAACUUCCAUAAAUGGGAAUAUGAAGAAUUGAUCAAACCAAGAAAUAUCAAACAAGCAUCUCUAAGUGAGCAAGAACUAGAAUUAAUACCAUGGUAUCCCAAGCAUACAAGUGAUUUAGAAAUGGCAAUUGGUAUAAACGAGGAGUUCACUAAAUCCUUAGCGAUGAACAUUGCUGCAGAUUGGGGGGUCUCGUCUAAUGCACAAGAGUGGGCUGCCUGUUCCGACUCUGAUUAUGAUAAAGUAAGGUCGACCUUGCUACAGUUAUCUCGUGAAUGGAGUACUGAUGGAGAAAAGGAGCGUGAGAUAACGUUCGGGCGUAUAAUAAAGGAACUAACUGAUCGAUUUCCUAAUGAAAAAGAAAGACAGAAUAUUAAAAUCUUAGUUCCCGGUUGUGGUUUGGGCAGAUUAGUUUUAGAUCUUGUUAAAGAGGGAUUUUGGUGUCAAGGGAACGAAUUCAGCUAUCAUAUGCUUCUUACAUCAAACUUCAUGCUAAACCACUGUAAAUUUGCCAAUAAUUACUCCAUACUUCCGUUUGUGCAUAAACAAUCACACGUUAUUAAACGUUUAAACCAAUUACGUCCAAUAACAAUCCCCGAUGUCAAUCCUACAUCUAUCCAUGAACUAGCAACGAAGAAUCCCGAAAUACCCUAUGGAGAUUUAAUGUCUAUGACUGCCGGUUCCUUUGUUGACUUAUACGGGCCACCUAACUUAAUGUACUCAGAAACAUAUUCAAGCGACCCAGUUGCCAAUCAAUUCCGUAACGAAAACCACGAACGAUUUGAUGUACUCACAACUUGUUUUUUCCUUGACACUGCAUCCAACAUAAUUGACUACUUGAAGGCUAUCUUCCAUUGCCUAAAACCAGGUGGUAUCUGGAUUAACUUUGGGCCACUUUUAUGGCAUUUCGAAGAUGAUUCACAAACUCAUUUCGUCACCAAACAAUUGAGUAAAGGUGGGGCACUACAGUCAAUCCCAACUAUUAUGAAAGGGUUGGAACUUACACGAGAGGAUCUAAUAGAGUUGGUAAAAAAGAUCGGCUUCAUCUUUGAAAAGCAUGAAAGUGACAUUGAGACCUCUUAUUCCAGUGACAUAAGAUCCUUGGGCACUUAUGUUUAUAAAUGUGAGUCUUGGGUUUGCAGGAAACCAUCUUCUAUAUAA